GUGGGAGUGCGAGUGCGGCCGCGUGCGCGGGGUGGGGGUGACGGGGCGCCGCGGCCGCGUGAGCCGGUGUGGACGCGAGCGCCCUCGCACGACGCCGGCUCAGGAAGAGCCUAGUGGGAAAGUUCCUGGGACCCGGGUCGAGCCUCCCUAGGAGGUCCUGACUCGCUCCCGCCCUGGAGGCCUAGCUGGAGUCUGGGGAGAGUGCUCGGCCCGGCCUGGACCCUUCGCUGGGGGUGCCCCGCCCUGGCCGCCAUGGGUGCCAGGGCUCCCUCUGGUUCUCCGCCUGAAGUGCAGGGAGAGCCGAAGUCCCCCGUUCCCUCGCGCUCAAGACCCUGGACUGGGGUGGGUGGAUGGGACACUGGCUCUGACAGCCGCUAACUCCCUGGUGUGCACUAAUCCCCUUCGGUCCUGCCGUGCGCACCCCGAUAAUUACAACACUUUGACUUCCAAUCCAUGAGCCGAAUCCCACCCUCAUCCACCUCGCCGCUCGUAAUGCCUCUUCUGCUGGGGACCCUCCUCCUGCCCCCCCCACCUGUGUACUUGGCAGGGGCCCCGUCCUUGUACAUUAGCCCAGGUCCCUCCUUCUUAUCUUCCCUCCAGUCACUGAGAAACCCCCUCUCCUGCCGGGGUGGGGAAGGUCCGCCAUCUGGAAGUCCCUGGUUGGGAUCCCACAGGAACCCUAAGGCCCUGGACGCUUUGUCUGGCUUGUGUCAGAGGUCAGCGGUCAGCGGUCACCACUGAGGAACGGACUCCUGCUGAGUCAUUGACCUGGGUGGGAAAGAUGCCCCUCCCUCCCAGCAGGUUUGGUAGGCAGAUGUGUGGGAGGCACACUAUUGGGGUGCCCCAUUGUGGGCUGAGGAAUGGACACUGCCCAGUCCACAGUUCAGGGCUGUACAGACCCAUGAAAGGAAACUGACCAAGGAACACCUGAGGUCAUGGUGUUGCUGAAUGAGUCUGAGCAGGGCCACCUGUCCCCUUUCCUGACCAGUCCUGUGUGAUGAGCAGAUUCCUCACCCACCAUGGGAUCCCCCAACCUCACUGCACGCAAACUGUACAAUUUGUGUUGGAUCCCCUCCCCAGUGAAGUUGGAGGGGAUGGUACCCCUUCUAUUGUGUCACCCCCAACAUGGAAAGUGCCCCCAAGCCCUACAUAGUCAGACACUGACCCUGUGUAGCCAAAUACCACAGUGCCCUCCUCAUCAGACACAGUGUGAGACACCCCCCGCCCUCACUGUGGUCAGAUACAGAGUGAGCCCCGCCACUGUGGUAAGGUACAGUGUGGACAGGACAGGUCUGCCCCUCGUCCCACUCCCUACUCCUUGUGUGGUAUUCCUCAGUCUGGCCCUGUAGGAUGAGGAUGGGACAGUCACCCCAUAGGUAACCAGGUGCAGUCAGAAGACAGUGUCCCCACAAAGGAAUGUCAGAACAGCUUCUCCUGGGACCAGGUAGCACCUCUGCCUGAUGCAGACUGAAUGGUACAUGGGGUCCCACAUCUCCCAUUCCCAUGUCACAUUUCAGUUAGCCUGUCCCCCCGCCCCGGGAAAGCAGACAGGUAAGGUUCCCCAGGUCAUCAUACACUACAGAGCCCUGACCCCCUCCAGUCAGCACGGCCCAGCUGCAUCUGCGGAGGGGCAUGCUGUGUGCAGUCUGGCAGGACCACUUCCCCUAGCCUCAGUAGCAGCGGGUGGGGUGAGCAGUGCCUGGGACUCUUCUUCCGGGUGGGAGGAGAACAGGUCCAGGUAGUUAAGGGAGCUCAGUAGAAGCCCCCACCUGCCAGGGCCAGUGACCUGCUUCUCAGGCAGGCCCGUGGGAGGCAUGUGAGGCUGUGGCAAGUGGUGAGGGGAGAGGCCCCUUUAGAGCCCAGGACAGCCCAACGCCACAGCACAGGGCUCUGACUCCUAACUGAACGUGGUAGGGAGCAGGCAGUGACAAAGACUUGGAAAGAUCACAGCUGCCACACAGGGCUUCGCUGGGACAGGACUGUAAGCUCAGCUCAUAGAGAGUAAGGAGCUACAGCCCCAGCCAGGCUCUAAAAGGGUGUGAAGUCUGGCUGUGGGUGGGGCUUAACUCUGACCCUGCUUGGACAAAAGCAGUGACCAGCUCUGUAUGGAGCUCGCCUUGGGCCAGCCAUGACAGCAGAUCAACCCUGACAGCGGCACGUUACAGUGGAGGCCCCUGGCCCCAACAUGGCCCGUCGCUCCCAGAGCUCCUCCCAGGGGGACAACCCACUGGCCCCGGGAUACCUGCCUCCUCACUACAAAGAGUACUACCGCCUGGCAGUGGAUGCACUGGCUGAGGGCGGGCCGGAGGCCUACAGCCGCUUUCUGGCGUCCGAAGGGGCACCUGCCUUCCUGUGCCCUGAGGAACUGGAGCACGUGAGCCGUCACCUACGGCCCCCACAGCAUGCUGCCCAGGAACCCGCAGAAGGCAGCCCUCCCAACGUGGACAUGGAUGGCUCCUCGGGUACCUACUGGCCUAUGAACUCAGACCAGGCGGUGCCUGAGCUUGACCUGGGCUGGCCCCUGACCUUCGGCUUCCAGGGCACUGAGGUCACCACACUGGUGCAGCCACCACCGCCUGACAGCCCCAGCAUCAAGGAUGAGGCUCGAAGGAUGAUCCGCUCCGCACAGCAGGUGGUGGCUGUGGUGAUGGACAUGUUCACGGAUGUGGACCUGCUCAGUGAAGUGCUGGAGGCCGCCGCCCGCCGUGUCCCGGUCUACAUCCUCCUGGAUGAGAUGAACGCGCAGCACUUUCUAGACAUGGCCGACAAGUGCCGGGUCAACCUGCACCAUGUGGAUUUCUUGCGCGUGCGCACUGUGGCGGGCCCCACCUACUACUGCCGUACUGGGAAGUCCUUCAAGGGCCACGUGAAAGAGAAGUUCCUCCUGGUGGACUGUGCUGUGGUCAUGAGUGGGAGCUACAGCUUCAUGUGGUCCUUCGAGAAGAUCCACCGCAGCCUGGCGCACGUGUUCCAGGGCGAGCUGGUCUCCAGCUUCGAUGAGGAGUUCCGCAUCCUCUUUGCACAGUCGGAGCCGCUGGUGCCCUCGGCUGGGGUGCUGGCACGCAUGGAUGCUUAUGCCCUGGCUCCAUACCAGGGGGCCGGGCCCCUCAUAGGCGGCCAGGUGCCUGGGGCGCCGACCCCUUUCCCCUUCCCUAAAAGAGCACACUUCCUGUUCCCACCACUUCGGGAUGAGGGCCUGGGCUUCCCCUCCUUCCUAGACCCCGACCGCCACUUCCUGUCAGCCUUCCGGCGGGAGGAGCCACUACGGAUGCCUGGGGGUGCCCUGGAGCCACACACGGGGUUGCGGCCACUGUCAAGACGGCUGGACGCCGAGGCUGGUCCAGGUGGGGAACUCGCGGGCCAGCGGGGCUUCUUCCAGGCACGGCACCUGGAGAUGGACGCCUUCAAGCGGCACAGCUACGCAGCUGCCGAUGGCACUGGCGCUGUGGAAAACUUCGCGGCCGCGCGGCAGGUAUCACGGCAGACGUUCCUCAGCCACGGUGACGACUUCCGCUUCCAGACCAGCCACUUCCACCGGGACCAGCUCUACCAGCAGAAUUACCAGUGGGACCCACAGCUUGCACCAGCGCGCCCGCAGGGCCUGUUUGAGAAGCUGCGCGCUGGCCGUCCAGGGUUUGCUGACCCCGACGACUUCUUUGGUGCUGGGCCACGCUUCCCCGAGCUGGGCCUGGAUGGACACCAGAGGCUGGACUAUGUGUCAUCCAGCUCAUCACGUGAAGUACGCCAGGGCUCGGACCCUGCCUUCGGACCUGGACCCCGUGGCCUAGAACCUGCUGGGACCCUACGCCCCAACCUGGGCCAGCGUUUCUCAUGCCAGGCAGCAGGGAGGCUAGGCCCUGAAACCGGACCUGAGGCGGAGCCAGAGCGCAGGGCUGGGCCCGAGGGGCGGGCAGGGCUGCGGCACUGGCGCCUAGCCUCCUACCUGAGCGGUUGCCAUGGUGAGGACGCCUGCGAUGAGGGCCUGCCCAUGGAGACCGAGGCCUGUGAAGACGAUGUGCUACUUGCCGGGAAUCGGGGGCCCGCCGGGGACCUUCUCCCCUCGUCCUUCCGCGUGCCUGCAUCCUUCCCGGCCAAGGGUCCGGCGCCCGGCUCUAGCGGCGGUGGUGGUGAUGGCCUAGAGCGCGAGGGCUUGGAGGAGGCAGGCCUGACCAAGCAGGACUCAUUCCGCUCGCGCCUGAACCCGCUGAUCCAGCGCAGCUCUCGUCUGCGCUCCUCCCUCAUCUUCGCGUCGCAGGCGGAGGGCGUGGGCAGCACCACGGCGGCCACCACCGAGAAGGUGCAUUUGCUACACAAGGAGCAGGGGGUCAGCGAGACGCUGGGCCCCAGCGGCGAGGCCGUGCGCUCUGCCGCCUCCACUAAGGUGGCUGAGCUCCUGGAGAAGUAUAAGGGCCCAGCUCGUGAUUCUGGCGCGAUGGGGCCUGCAGUCACCGUUGCCAGCCAUAGCAAGGCUGUCGUGUCUCAGGCCAGGCAGGAGGAGGUGGCAACCCCAGGUGGCGUGGGGAGCGAGCGCCGCAGCCUCGAGAGCUGCCUGCUCGAUCUGCGCGACUCCUUCGCACAGCGGCUACACCAAGAGGCUGAGAGGCAGCCAGGAGCUGCCACACUUACCGCCACCCAGCUGCUCGACACGCUGGGCCGGAGCGGCGCCACAGACAGGCUGCCCUCCCGUUUCCUCUCGGCCCAGGGCCGCUCCACCUCCCCUCAAGGGCGGAACAGCCCUCCAGUGGAGGCACCCCACUCGGAGCCAAAAGGGAGCCCCACUGCGGCCUAUCCCGAGCGGAAGGGAAGCCCCACGCCUGGGUUUCCCGCUCCCCGAGGCAGCCCAACUGCAGGAUUUACUGAGCAGAAGGGGAGCCCCACCUCCGCCUACCCCGAGCGCAGGGGCAGUCCGGUGCCCCCCGUGCCAGAGCGCAGGGGCAGUCCGGUGCCCCCCGUACCAGAGCGCAGGGGUAGCCUCACCCUGGCCUUUUCUGGAGAGUCUCCGAAGACUGGUCCCGCGGAGGAGGCGGCUGGCGGUGCCAUGGAGGUCCUGCGCAAGGGCUCCCUGCGCCUCCUGCAGCUGCUGAGCCCCAAGGGUGAGCGGCGCACCGAGGAGGAAGGUGGCUUCCCAGCGCCGCAGGAGAAUGGGCAGCCUGAAAGCCCUCGGCAGCGGCCGUCGCUGAGCCGGGGUGACAGCACGGAAGCUGCCACAGGAGACGAACGGGGCCCGCGGGCACGCACGGCCUCGGCCACAGCCAAUGCCUUGUACAGCAGCAACCUGCGAGAUGACACGAAAGCCAUUCUGGAGCAGAUCAGUGCCCACGGCCAGAAGCACCGUUCAGUCCCUGCCCUGACCCCAGUCCACAGCAGCCCUGAGCUAGGCCGCCCACCGGCGCCCGGCGGCCUGGCCCCUGAUAUGUCCGACAAGGACAAAUGCUCGGCCAUCUUCCGCUCGGACACUCUGGGGACACAAGGCCGGCUGAGCAGCACCCUGCCAGCCAGCGCGGAGGAGCGCGACCGGCUGCUGCGCCGCAUGGAGAGCAUGCGCAAGGAGAAGCGCGUGUACAGCCGCUUCGAGGUCUUCUGCAAAAGGGAGGAGGCUGGCGGCCCCGGGGGCGGGGAGGGUUCAGCAGAAGAGGACACCAGGGACAGCAAGGUGGGGAAGUUCAUGCCCAAGAUCCUGGGUACAUUCAAAAGCAAGAAGUGAGCCUCCUGGCCCACCAGCCCAGGCCGGGGUGCCCCCAUCACUGCCACCUGCCAGGCAGAGCACUUGGUCCUCAUGCCACAGCAAUAUGGAACCCGGCUGGGCAUAGCCAGAGCUCAGCUCCACUUGGGGCUCUGCCUCUUGCCUCUAGCCUCUCUUUGCUUGUGGCUGGGGCCCCUCGCUGCCCCAUGCCUUGCUCCCCAACUCCCAUUUCAACUCCUCAGUCUCUGGGCCCCCAUCUUCCCUUAAACAUGUGCCUCCACCAUCUCCUUGGGCUUCAUUCAGCUCAGGGACCCAUGUCUGUGCCUCAGCCCCCAUCUUCCAGGGGGCCCAUGUCUGUGCCUCAGCCCCAUCUUCCAGGGGCCCAUCUCUGUGCCUCAGCCCCCCCCCCCAUUGUCUCAGGGCUCCCCUCUGCUCAGGCUUCCUCGCUACACUGCCUGUUUGCCCUCUCCUGGCUGCCCCACCCUGUCCCAGCCUCCCACCUCCUCAGGGCCCUCUGUCUCCAUCUCCAUUUCAGGUUGCUGGGUGCUCACUUCCUGCUCUGCCCAUCUCCUGCCUCCUACCACCUUUCUCGGGGGCCCAUCUUUUCACUGUGGGGAGGGUAGAGGACCCCAGAGGGACUGCCUCUCCAGCAAGACUCCUGGAGAGGAGUGAGGGCACCAGCCUGCAGUGCUGGUGAGUAUGUGGCACCAGCCUCACGAAGGGUACCCGCACUCCCUGACACCUUCACAGCUGAAAAGUGGCUGCAUGUGGAGUGCUUGUGCCUGGAACAGGUGAGGGCAGGUGAUGCGGUCUGGUGGCUCCUGAGCCCAGCCCACUGGUCCAGGGGUCCUGGGCGGGGUCCUUGCCCUGCAGGUGCUCAGUCCCACCUGUGCUACGUCCUUUCUUCUGUUGCCAACCCACAGCUCUAUCCAAGGUUCCCCACUUACCUUUCUUGUAUCUUUCUCACCUCUGGAGGGUAACUUUGAUUCAGAAUGACAUACUUUGGCACCAAAUGCUUAAAAAGCCCCCCUCACCCCAUAGGUGCUAAUGCUGUGAAAUUAGCAUUUCUACAAUUUCUUUUCAAAUAGUUUUUUUUUUUUUUUUUAAGAUUUUAUUGGGGAAGGGGAACAGGACUUUAUUGGGGAACAGUGUGUACUUCCAGGCCUGUUUUCCAGGUCAAGUUGUU